GCUGAAUUGAGCAGCAUGGAUCAGUGUGAGGACAGAGAGGAGGGAGUCCCUCCCUCUAAAAGCACUCUGUGUGGGGAACAUGAGAGCCAGACCAAAGCUCAGAGGAACCAACCUGGACCUCCACCCAGCUGUGUGUCCUUACACAGUGACUGGUCUGCAGACCGUCCCAUCAAUUUUAAAGCCCAGCCUGUGUCUGCUGCAGAGAGACCUGCUGGACCUGAACCCAGCUGUGUGUCCUUACAGAGUGACCGGUCUGCAGAUCGCCCCAUUAAUUUUAAAGUCCAGCCUGUGUCUGCUGCAGAGAGACAGUGCAUCUCCUCAUACUGGGACCAGUCUGCUUCAUCAGGAGACUCCUCCUGUCACCAGUGUGGAGAAAGAUCCAGAAGCAGAGCUGGACUGCAGACAGCCAGUCAGAGCAGCUGUGUACAAACAGAUGUUGGUCUGCAGGAGGUUUUAGAUGAACAUAAGAUCAGUCUGAGGAGGAGAUGUGAACGUGUGACUGAAGGAAGUGAUGAAACAGGAAGUAGAACCCUCCUCAACAGGAUCUACACUGAGCUCUACAUCACAGAGGGACAGAGUGAAGAGGUUCAUACCCAACAUGAGGUGAGGCAGCUGGAGACAGCUUCCAAGAUGGACGCCCUCCAUGACGCUCCAAUCAGGUGCCAGGACAUCUUUAAAGCCUUCCCUGACCAACAGAGACCCAUCAGAGUGGUUCUGACCAACGGCGUGGCUGGUGUUGGAAAAACCUUCUCAGUGCAGAAGUUCACUCUGGACUGGGCAGAGGGCUUGGAGAACCAACAUGUCAGUGUGGUGGUUCUGCUUUCAUUCAGGGAGCUGAACCUGAUCAGAGAUGAGCAGUACAGUCUUCUGGAGCUGCUCCAUGUUUUCCAUCCAACAUUACAGAAGGUCACAGCAGAGAAGCUGGCUGUCUCUCAGCUUUUGUUCAUCUUUGACGGCCUGGAUGAAAGCAGACUUUCAUUGGAUUUCACCAACAGGAAGCUGCUGUCUGAUGUCACACAGAAGUCAUCAGUCAGCCAGCUGCUGACAAACCUCAUCCAGGGGAAUCUGCUUCCCUCGGCUCUCGUCUGGAUAACUUCCCGACCUGCAGCAGCCAAUCAGAUCCCUCCUGCAUGUGUCGACAGGCUAACAGAAGUACGAGGCUUCACUGACGCCCAGAAGGAGGAGUACUUCAGGAGGAGAUUCAGUGAUGAAGAGCUGUCCAGCAGAAUCAUCUCCCACAUGAAGACAUCCAGGAGCCUCCACAUCAUGUGUAGAAUCCCAGUCUUCUGCUGGAUCACUGCUACAGUUCUGGAGCACAUGUUGACUACAGAGCAGAGAGGAGAGCUGCCCAAGACCCUGACUGACAUGUACUCACACUUCCUGCUGGUUCAGACAAAGAGGAAGAAGAACAAGUACCACGAGGGACAUGAGACGAGUCCACAGGAGCUGACGGAGGCUGACAGGGAAGUUCUUCUGAAGCUGGGGAGGCUGGCGUUUGAACAUCUGGAGAAAGGAAACAUCAUGUUCUACCAAGAAGACCUGGAGCAGUGUGGUCUGGAUGUGACAGAGGCCUCGGUGUACUCAGGAGUUUGUACAGAGAUCUUCAAAAGAGAGUGUGUGAUCUUCCAGAAACCAGUCUACUGCUUUGUUCAUCUGAGCAUUCAGGAGUUUCUGGCUGCAGUCUACAUGUUCCACUGUCACACCAACAGGAAGGCUGAGGUGCUGAAGUGCUUCCUAGGACAAACUUUUUGGGAAUCAUCUCUGGACGACUUCCUGAACAGACCCAUGAAGAAAUCCCUUCAGAGUAAAAAUGGCCACCUGGACCUGUUUGUUCGCUUCCUUCAUGGCCUCUGUCUGGAGUCCAACCAGAGACUCUUAGGAGGUCUGCUGGGUCAGACAGAGAUCAGUCCAGAAACCAUCCAGAGUAUCAUCAACAACCUGAAGGAGAUGAACAGUGAUGGCAUCUCUCCUGAGAGAAGCAUCAACAUCUUCCACUGUCUGAUGGAGAUGAACCACCUCUCAGUACAUCAGGAUAUCCAAGAGUUCCUGACGUCAGAGAACAGAUCAGAGAGACUUUCUGUGAUCCACUGUUCAGCUCUGGCCUUCAUGCUGCAGAUUUCAGAGGAGGUUCUGGAUGAGUUGGACCUGAGGAAGUACAACACAUCAGAGUGGGGACGACAGAGACUGAUUCCAGCUGUGAGGAACUGCAGAAAGGCUCGACUGACUCAGUGUGGACUCUUAACGACUCACUGUGAAGUUGUGACCUCAGCUCUGAAGUCCAACCCCUCCCAUCUGACAGAGUUGGACAUGAGUAGAAAUAAGCUGCCUGAUUCAGAAGUGAAAUUUCUGUGUGCUGGACUGGAGAGUCCAAACUGUCGACUGGAGACUCUGAGAUUGUGGACCUGUGGUUUAUUAGAGAUCAGCUGUGAUUAUCUGGCAGCAGCGCUGAAGUCCAACCCCUCCCAUCUGAGAGAGCUGGACCUGAGUUUCAACAACAAGCUGCAGGAUUCAGGAGUGAAGCAUCUGUGUGGUUUUCUGAAGAGUCCAGGAUGUAAACUUGAAACUCUGAGAUUGAAGCGCUGUGGUUUGUCAAAGGUCAGCUGUGAUUAUCUGGCAGCAGCGCUGAAGUCCAACCCCUCCCAUCUGAGAGAGCUAGACCUCAGAGACAACAAACUGCAGGAUACAGAUGUGAAGCAGCUGUGUGAUCUUCAGGAGAGUCCAGACUACAGACUGGAGACUGUGAGGUGGAGGUGAUGAUGGUAAACAGGACGGUGUGUGUGCUGAGAGAGGAGCAGCUGUGUCCUGAUGCUCCAGAGAGGUUGAAGCAGCAGCAGCUUGUGUGUAGAGAUGCUCUGACUGGGCCAUGUUACUGGGAGGUGGAGAGCUUCAUCCAGCAGUGACUGACAGAGGAAUGAAGUGCAGAUGACUGUCAGUGCUGCAGAGUGAACUGCUCUGAGAACAGCUCCACUGUCAGACACAAUGUAGAGUCCAGCAUCAUCCCUGUGUGUCCCUCUGGAUCUGACAGAGGAUCAUCAGUGUAUCUGGACUGCUCUGCUGCUGCUCUGUCCUUCUACAGUCUCUGCACAGUCUCUGGGUAAUCUGGACUCAGAACCUUCUGGAUCUUCUUCAGCUCGUUCUUCACAAAAGUGAUGAUGUUGUCCUCCAGCAGCUGGAACAGAAUAUUUAUGAAUGAGCCAAUCAGACUGAAAUCAUGGAGCCAAACAUCAGAUCCAUGUUGGACACACCGACAAUCCACUGGUCUACAAAGAGCAGCAUGGAGAUGACUGUGAACAGAAUAGAUGUAACAGUAGUUGUUGUACAUGUACAGACCAUAAAUAUGGAGUCCAGCUGUGUUUGAUGCUGCUGGGCAGACUGACCACUGGGAACCUCUGAGCUCUGCUGGUCCACUCUGUGGAGGAACCAUGGAGAAUUAGUGUCAUUGUACCAACACACACACAGACACACACUUUGAUUAUUGAAAUGUAUCUGAAAGCUGUGUUCAGUUGUUUUUGCUGCUUCCCUCACAAAUGUGCUUCUGAAAGAACUGUUAAAAAUUCCCAUAAACACUCGUAAACCUGUGAAGAGCCUUUUUUGAACAGUUUAAGCUGUUAUAUGUUGACUGACAUCAUAUUAAAUGCUGUGGAUUCAGAAUAUGAUGUCACUCAAGUUUACAUGUGUGUGAAGGCAGACGAGUGAGUACUUUUUUGGUAAUACAGUGUAAA